GCAGAGGGUAAUAAAUUCCUCAGAUCUCAGACAUCUCGUUCCUUAUCAGUGUGCAAUUGGAGACACUGAUAAGCUCUCUCGAGCGUGGUCAGGUCAAGAUGGUAGAUAAUGGUAUCGUUUCCGUGAUGCUUCAGUGAGGAAGAGAAGAGGAUAAAAUUUGAUGUCGAAAUGGAUGUUCCAGCAGCGAGAAACCCCCCUUCCGAAGAGGACGCCUUUGCGCCGGGUGUCAACGAGGAUAUUGCGCUUGAGAACCUGGGCUAUAGGCAAGAACUCCAGAGGACAUUCAGUCUUUUGGACAUGAUCGGCUUUAGCUUUAGCAUUGUUACAUGUUGGACAGCCCUCAGCGGAGGGUUCAUUAUCGGAGUCACUGCUGGAGGACCUCCAGUCAUGAUAUUCGGCUGGAUCGGUGUGUGUGUUUUGACUCUUACUGUCGCCUUUUCGAUGGCGGAAAUGUGCUCACGGUGGCCUGUCGCUGGGGGCCAGUACUCCUGGGUCGCUCUCCUGGCGCCUCCAAAAGUGUCGCGAGAACUGUCCUACAUCACUGGAUGGUUCAUGCUCACAGGUCUUCUUGCGAUGGGUGCGGUCAACAACUCCUUUGCAGCCAACUUCCUCCUCGGCCAGGCAAACCUGGUCUUUCCUAGCUUCACGAUUGAGCGCUGGCACACAGUUUUGGUUACUUAUGCAGUGGUCGCCUGGUCCCUGACCAUCAACGUCUUCGCACCGCAUCUACUGAACCGUCUGUCCCGGGGAAUCCUCAUCUGGAAUAUCUGCUCCUUCAUGAUCAUCACCGUGACCCUCCUCGCCACGAACUCAAACAAACAAGCCCCUUCGUUCGUCUUCCAAGAUUUCCAGAACUUCACCGGCUUUGGCCAGGCAAUGGCCACGAUCAUCGGCAUCCUUCAGAGCUUCUUUGGGAUGUGCUGUUACGAUGCUCCAAGCCAUAUGACAGAAGAGAUGAAACAUCCAUCUCGAGAUGCCCCCAUAGCCAUGGUACUCUCUGUGGGGAUGGGAUCUGUGACUGGAUUCGUCUUCUUAUUGACAUUGUGCUUCUGUAUUGGCGAUAUCGACAACACCGCUGCGUCAAGCACGGGUGUUCCAGUUAUUCAGAUCUUCUAUGACUCUACGAAUAGCAAGGUCGGCGCGUGUUUUAUGGCAAGUAUGAUAACGGUCAUCAACCUUGUCUGCGCAGUGAGUUUACUCGCUGAGGGCUCUAGAUCUCUCUUCGCCUUUGCGCGGGACAACGGGCUACCCUUCUCCAAAGUCUUGUCCAAAGUAACAAGCAAAAGUCACAUCCCUCUCAACGCGAUCUUCGCUACAGUUCUUGUCCAGAUGGCAUUCAACUCUAUAUACUUUGGUACAAUAACAGGUUUCAAUACUAUUCUCUCGAUAGCCACUACCGGAUUUUAUAUAUCCUAUGCCUUUCCCCUCUUAUCACGCCUCCUCGGCUAUAUCACCAAUCAUCGCACGACCGCAUUCACCGGCUCCUUCGCACUCGCCCUCCCUCUAUCUUUAGCCCUAAAUGCGCUGGGCCUCUUAUUCCUCCUUUUCGCAUUCGUGACCUUCAAUUUUCCUUCUCUGGCACCGGUUGAUGAUGAGAAUAUGAAUUAUACUAGUGCGGCAAUUGGAGUUAUUGCGCUCGUGGGAAUCGGCACAUGGGUUGUGUCAGCGCGGAAGAGGUUCACGGGGCCGGUUGAUAUGGUGCAUGGCGUUGGGCGGUCGACUGAGGGUGAGCCGAGCGCGUAUGGGGACGGGGCUGCUGUUGGGUGUGAUGGGAAGCCUCAGGGGUGA